AUGCCUGAUCAGUACAACCCACGCUGCAGCACUCCAUCCAAAGAUCAAGGAGUACUCGAUUACGACAAUGGAGCUACAACUGAUCACACGACGAUGGGAAAGACCAAAGAUUGGUCAUAUCCACCGGCGGGAAGCUACAAUCAUUCACUGCCAAUAGAUGGAAUACCUCAGCCCAGUAUCGGCUUUGUGCCACCAGAUUCAAUCGACGCGAUAACAGAACCUGGCUAUCCCGCAUACAACCAGCCCCUCACCCAGCCUGGAAGUUUGUAUCACGGUGGCACUUUAAACGUUUCUUCCAGCUGGAACCAGUGGCAAGGCAGUAUCAUCACCAACCCUGAAGUCCCGUAUGGGGCGCCCGUGGGUCAUUACCCAUCCCAGGUCAACCAACCGUUGGUCUCCCAGCAGCUGCAACAUGACCGGCCUGCCCAUACAGUAUCAUGGGCUAACACACAGGAAGGGAGCAGCCAUACCAUCGAUACAGAACAGACUGGCCAGCAAGUGCCGAGCAGCGGUCUGGGUUUCGACAAUCAGCCGCUUGUGACGGUUCCGGGUGCUCACAUGGCCUCCGCAUCUCAGGCUGGGGCCCCCCUGAUAGGAACGGCUUCGCGCAUACACCCAUUACUUCAUGGAGGUCAGACCUUUGCUCAAGCGCCAAUGGGGGGUGGUUACUAUCAGCAAUAUAACAUGGUCCCCGGGAUGGAGUUUGUACUUCCUGAUGGCCAAGCACAAUACACAAUGACCGGUAUUACUCCGUCGAUGCCGUACGGUAUCGCGGAUAUCUCGUGCCACUAUCAGGAGACAGGAACAUGGCCUGCACAGUUCUCCUCUCCAGCCUCGCUUUUUUCGCCUACUUUAUCCGGACAACUCACCUCGCCAUCGCAUCCAAACGAAAAAGUCCCCAUACCACGAUUGCUAAAUAAUCAUCCUUCGGAACAGAAAAUUACCAGACCUCCGAAGGCUGCUAAGUCGAAAGUUGGGGAUGCCAUCCAGCGGUCAAUCGCAAAACUAGGCGGCGCCCUUUUGGACGCUGACAUACCCGAAAAACAGAGUUGUGGAGGACGGCUUUUCGAAUGCAGCUCGGAUGCUUGGGAAUAUCGCAUGACCGAGUCUUUAGGCAAGGAGCAUAUCGAAUUGAUGGAGGUCUUUCUCAAAUACUGGCAACUACAAGACGAAUGGGACAUAUUGAUUCAAGGUUUUACGAAUCAAAAUGCUCUGAUCUCCAACUUAGCAGAUAAACGACACCUUUCCAGUAUUGCCGCUUUCAUCUCCUGGAUCCGUCACUGGAUAAGUUUGACGCAUUGCGAUGGACAGUGUCCGUACUUCAGACAAGUUUUAGCGCUCCUGGGAUCAAGCGCUCGGUCCUAUCGGAAGCCGCAUACUCAAUGGAUCAACAACAUCGAAGAAGCAACGGCUAAGCUUCGCGCUAUACCUCUUCAAGACUGGAACAUGCAGGACCAGCCUAAAUUGCGCGCAGAACUGUUUCGCUGUCUAGGCCAUCCCGAGCCAUAA